AUGAACCACAAGGAAGAAUUCCGACUCUCAUAUGUUCCGCUGGACGAUGAGCGUCACAAUUAUCGACAGUCUCGACAGAGGCCGCUGUCCUCUGCGGAGCAGGUCCUCCUUCAGUCUAAUACAAAGGGAUUCUGGGGUUCAAGCUGGACCUUUGAAAUUGUAGGAUCUAUCAUUUCCAUCGCAUUUUUGGUUGGGAUCAUUGUGGUUCUCUUCAAAUAUGAUGGACAACCGAUGCCUGACUGGCCUUAUGGCAUAACACUUAACGCCCUGGUCUCGGUGCUCAGCACGGUCAUGAAAGCUUCGAUGGCAUUUGUCUUGACAGAAUGCUUGGCUCAAUUAAAAUGGUCUUGGUUCCACAGUGGAAACAAGCUGAGUGACCUUGCGCUUCUGGAUGCAGCCAGUCGUGGCGUCGCGGGUGCCUUUUUUGUUUUAUUUCGCUUCUUACCGCGCCAUCUUGUCACUUUCGGAUGUCUGGUUCUAGUCAUGGCCGCUGCCACGGACCCAUUCGUUCAACAGGUAAUGGCCGUGAAAGAACGAUCUGUCCACGCACCCGGACAAGCAUCUAUCCAAGUUUGCAAUUCCAGCCUCUACACGGAUUACGGCAAGGGUUCUUCUCCUGGCCUGAACAAGGUCCCCCUGGGAACUUCAGGCGCUAUCUAUUCGGGUAUCUUUCAAACUCAAACUCCAAACAGCAAAUCCAUCAUGAUGGAAUGCCCAACAGGAAACUGUACAUUCCCUGCAUAUCAAUCGCUUGGCUUCUGCAGUAAAUGCGCCAACAUCACAAACUCUCUCAAGACAUCCUCCCCAUCUUCCAACUCGAUGAUGGGUCAAACCACAUACAAACUGCCAAACGGAUUUGAGUUUACUAGUUCGCUAAACAUGCCCUACCUGAUCAACUCCACAGCACUGCGACCCCUUGUGAAACUAGACACGGAGGGCAUGGCAACAAUCGUGAAUUUCACCGCCAUCGCCGGACAAGGAUACGGCGGUUCAAUCAGCGCAACCGAAUGCGCUCUUUACUUCUGUGUCAUCACUUACGAAGCUUCCGUCCGUGAGGGCAAAUUCGUCGAAACCACAACCACUGUAUCAACCACCUCCAACGCCUCGUCAAAUCCGAUGGAUACCCUAAAAGACGUGACUCUAACCCCCGACACCUGCUAUUCCAAUGGCACUCGCCACAAAAUGCCAUACAAGAAGGGGUCUAAUUGUACAUUUGCCGUAAACGCGUUCAGCAAGCUCGCGAUGGCCAAUUCCCUACAACCCCUGCUCAAGGGCAAAGCGUCACUAUUCGUGAGCAACCGACCUGACUAUUCAUCUGAUACCAUCGAAGCACUCUACGGCAUACAGGGGAACUACACGGACAUCAAUUCAGUCUUCCAAUCACUCGCCUCGUCUUUAACCGUCAAUGCACGAUCGAAGGUUUGCGCUGCGCCUGUGAAUGGAACGGCCUGGACCGAUCAGUCGUACGUGCGUGUUCGGUGGGAGUGGCUGAUCCUGCCUGGUGGCUUGGUUGCACUCAGUUUGGUAUUUAUGAUAAUUACGAUUAUCCACACGCGGAACCAGUAUAUUUGGAAAUCGAGCCCUUUGGCGCUUCUCUUUUCUGAUUUGCAGGUUGAUGCGGCUAGUACCCUGAAGCCGGAUCCGACUCUCAAAGGGAUGGAAAGUACGUCGAGGAAUAUGCAGGUUUGGUUAGAAACGACUGCCGAUGGGGUUCGAUUGAAAGCUGUUCAGCACUAG